ACCUUAUGACCUUAAAGAUGAAACGGAAAUCCGUGCUGAACUUCACCGUCCGCUCUCAACGUUAUACGGUGGAAGAUGCGUGAUUCGCUGAUAAAAACUCCGAGACCGACACUUGCAGCCAAACAAGCAUUUCUCUGCACGACCGGACUUUCAGAUUCUAGCAAACAGCUUUUUCGAUACAUCGGAGAGCCGCACGUAACCAUAACUUCAGGAUUGGCUUCCUUUCUUCGAAUUGAUUUCCCAUUUACGCCUAGCGCUGGCCUUCAAGAUCUUCAAUCCCCCAUCUAUCAAGCACCCACGGAUGAGACCUUGGGAUCUGCCAAUCAUUCUACGAGACCAUCAUAAGCGAAUGCGAGAGUGGACCCUCCAUCACUCCACUUCAACGUCCUCAAGCUGACUGCUUCACUAAGAUAGCUCGGACUCGCAGCCGGGAAGUCAUGUUGGUCCCCAAUUCUCAUUUUAGUGAUUCUCAUAGCAUGUCUCGCAAAUCUUUGGCCGGGGUCAUUGUAUGCGAGAGAUGCAUCAUCGUCAGCGGAAUGCCUAUAUCCAGAUCUCCGGGACCACUUACUUGCAGCCCUCAUCCUGAUCAUAUAAGGGACGGAAACUUCUGAUCAUUUUGUUUUAGUAUAACAAAAUAUCAAGACUGAUCGAGACAAACGAAGCACCAGAAUAAAGCCCUAUUACUCGUACUUGCUACUUAUUGUUUGGUGAUCGAGAAUCCCCACGCGCCAGUGAUUCAGCCAAACCUGCUUGCAGUGCAACAUUUCCUGAAGAUUUUGGGGCGUCCAUCAGGACUACCCAGCUCCCACAGUCAACUACUUCAUCCCACCGUUGUUGCAAUCUUCUUGGAAUAUACCACAGGAAUCUUGUCGCCUUUCUCAUCUCCUUUCACACACCCAUCAUGGAUGCAAGAGUAAAUGAGAAGGAUACGCGUACCCAAGACGAUGGCAAACCAGAAACCAUUUCGGGCUCCCAAACAGAGCGCUCACUUCCCGUUUCAGACCGCGACGAAACUGAAGUCCAUGUAAUCCCACCUGCUCGUUUCUGGGGCCUCUGUGUUGGAGUCCUUCUAGGCCUGUUCCUGUCUAUGAUCGACACCUCUAUCGUUGCAACAAGUCUACACAGUAUCGGAGUCGACUUUGAGGUCCUCGAGGACGUCAACUGGGUUGCUCUUGCAUACACUCUUGCAUAUCUCGGAUGCGCCAUCGUCUUCGCUCGUAUAUCCGAUAUUGUUGGACGUCGCGAUGCCUUUAUCGCAGCCUAUAUAAUCUUCUUCAUAUUUUCUCUUGCCUGUGGCUUUGCACAGAGUAUUAACCAACUCAUCGCAUUUCGUGCUCUGCAGGGCAUCGGAGGUUCAGGACUGUACUCUCUCACGAUGAUCAUGCUGCCUGAAAUCAGCCCAGAUAGCAUGAAGCAGCACAUAGCGGCUCUGGUAGGCUUGGUCAUUACCAUGUCAGGUGUCCUUGGCCCUGUUCUGGGUGGUAUCUUGACACACUAUGCUUCUUGGAGAUGGGUGUUUUGGAUCAAUGGCCCUGUUGGUUUUGUAUCUCUCGUCAUAUUUAUCUUGACUUGGCCUAAACCGGAAUACCUACCAUCACAAGAACGACGUGCUUGGAAAGAACUUGACUUUCUUGGGUCCCUCCUUGCUAUUGCUGCUGCAGUUUUGGUCGUUUUCUCAUUUCAGAAUGCUGGCACAGAAAGAUCUAACGAUGGAUGGAAAACUUCCAUAUUCAUUGCACCUCUGGUUUUUGGCCUGCUUGCAUGCGGUCUACUCAUUGCUUGGCAGAUCUUCAUUCAGCAUCGAUGGCACGAUCGGUUUGCUUCCGCAUUCCCAAUCAUUAUCUUUCGCAAUAGGAUCUACUCUACUGCCGUUGUCAACACCCUCCUCAACGGCUUUCCUUACUUGCUGCUCAUCUAUGCCAUACCCCUACGCUUCCAAGUUGUUAGUGGCAAGUCUGCUCUCAUCUCGGGCGUCAUGUUGCUCCCCAUGUUGGGGACAGCCGCUAUUGGCAGCCUUUUAGCAGGCAAGAUUAACGCCACCAAGAACUACACCUUUGAGUCAUUGGUACUUGGCUCAAGUGUUAUGACAAUCGGCUGCGGAUUGCUCACGUCGCUGUCACAUGAGCCCAAUGAUGCAAAACUUCUUGGUUACAUGACAUUUUGUGGUCUUGGCUUUGGCUUAACCGUCGCGUCUUCGACAAUGUUAUCAACGGUUGAGGUGCCUAUUAGGGACUAUGCGCCCGCACAGGGUAUUCUCUCUCAAGUUCGGCUCUUAGGUGGUAGCUUGGGCAUCGCAGCAUCAUCAGCCUUGCUGAACGAGAAAAGCUCAAAGUAUCUUUCGGGUGUUCUUACGGCCUAUGAGCAAGCAACAAUUGGUGGUUCUAACACACAUCUCACUAACGCACAGUGGUCAGCUGUCCGCUAUACCUACGCUGAUGCAUUUCAGGUAGAGAUGAAGAUAGCGACAGUAGUUGCAGCUUGCUCAGUCAUAUCCGCAUUUGGUGCCUUUCGAAAAGGGCGUCUUUUGAUAGCCGAGCAAAGGAAGAUAAUUGUUAGAGAAGAGGAAGCUCGCCGCCGUGCACAAACGGCACAGGUUGUAUAGAACAACCUCGGCUCAUGUUUAUACACAGGAUAUCAUACCACACACAGGGUUGCAUAUCGGCGUUACAAUCUUUUGACUUAAAUAUCUUUAGGGUUGUAUUGUAAAUCAAUAGGGGUCUAGAUCUUCUUCUUGUCAACUCUUAAUUUUUCCUUGU